UCUCCUGCUGCCUGUAUCUGCAUUCAAGCUAAAAUUACUCCAUGUAGUCUGACUUACUGGGAACCAGGGGGAGAGUGUUGCGAGCCCCAUACAUGACCCAUUUCUCUAGCUUUGUUUGGACUGAAACUGGGAUAUUUUUUAAACCUCCUCACCAGGGAGAGGGGACUACAGGGAUUUCCCUUUUUUUUAGCUCUCCGUUUAUUCUUUCACCACCGGUGUACAGGAUGAUCGCAGCACAGCUUCUGGCCUACUACUUCACAGAGUUGAAGGAUGACAAAGUCAAAAAGAUCGAUAAGUACCUGUAUGCCAUGCGUUUCUCCGACGAGACGCUGAUGGACAUCAUGAAACGAUUCAGGAGGGAACUGGGGAAUGGGCUGGGUCGGGACACGAACCCCACAGCAACUGUCAAGAUGCUGCCCACCUUCGUCAGGUCCAUUCCUGAUGGAUCAGAGAAGGGGGACUUCAUUGCUCUGGAUCUGGGAGGCUCGGCCUUCCGCAUCCUGCGAGUGAAGGUGUCCCAUGAGAAGAAGCAGACGGUUCAGAUGGAGAGCCAGAUCUAUGACACUCCAGAGGACAUAAUCCAUGGCAGUGGCACUCGGCUGUUUGACCAUGUUGCAGAGUGCCUGGGUGACUUCAUGGAGAAGCAGAAUAUCAAGGAUAAGAAGCUUUCUGUCGGCUUCACCUUCUCCUUCCCCUGUGCACAAACAAAACUGAAUGAGAGUUAUUUGCUCACUUGGACAAAACGCUUUAAAGCCAGUGGAGUUGAGGGAAUGGACGUUGUGACUCUUCUGAACAAGGCCAUCAAAAAACGUGGGGACUAUGACGCAGACAUCAUGGCAGUGGUCAAUGACACAGUUGGAACCAUGAUGACCUGUGGCUUUGAUGACCAGCGUUGUGAAGUUGGUAUCAUCAUAGGCACAGGUACUAAUGCUUGUUACAUGGAGGAGCUAAGGCACAUUGACCUGGUGGAGGGAGACGAGGGCAGAAUGUGUAUCAACACAGAGUGGGGAGCCUUUGGGGACAAUGGAAUGCUGGAGGACAUUCGCACAGAGUUCGACAGAGAAAUUGACAGGGGCUCUCUAAACCCAGGGAAACAGCUGUUUGAGAAGAUGGUCAGUGGGAUGUACAUGGGCGAACUUGUGCGACUCAUCCUGGUCAAGAUGGCCAAAGAGGGAUUUUUGUUUGAGGGUCGGAUAACGCCUGAACUUCUUACUAAAGGGAAAUUUGAAACCAAACACGUUUCUUCCAUUGAAAAGAAUAAAGAAGGCCUCGCUAAAGCCAAGGAUAUCCUAGGUCGCCUGGGUGUGGAACCAUCCGCAGAUGACUGCGUUGCUGUGCAGCACGUAUGCACCAUAGUCUCCCACAGAUCAGCCAACCUCCUCGCUGCCACUCUGGGCGGCAUCCUCUCCAGGCUAAAGGACAACAAAGGGAACCCUCGCCUACGCACCACUGUGGGCAUCGACGGCUCUCUCUACAAGAUGCACCCGCAAUAUGCCCGGCGUCUCCACAAAACAGUCCGCCGCCUAGUUCCUGAGUCAGAUGUCCGCUUCCUGCUCUCAGAGAGUGGGAGCUCCAAGGGCGCUGCCAUGGUGACCGCUGUGGCCUACCGGCUGGCUGACCAGCGUCGUCAGAUCACAGAGACCCUGGCUGAGUUCAGACUGACCAGUGACCAGCUGCUGGAGGUGAAGAAAAGGAUGAGGACAGAGAUCCAGAACGGCCUGGGGAAAAAGACCCAUGACAGCGCCACCAUCAAGAUGUGGCCCACAUAUGUACUCAGCACACCAGAUGGAUCAGAAAAUGGUGAUUUCUUGGCUUUGGAUUUAGGAGGGACAAACUUUAGAGUGCUGUUGGUGAAGAUUCGCAGUGGCAAGCGGCGGACAGUAGAGAUGCAUAACAAAAUUUAUGCUAUUCCUAUGGAGGUGAUGCAGGGGACUGGAGAGGAGCUGUUUGACCACAUUGUCCAGUGCAUAUCUGACUUCCUGGACUACAUGGGUAUGAAGAACACUCGCCUGCCUCUGGGUUUCACCUUCUCCUUCCCCUGCAGACAGACCAGCUUGGAUGUGGGCAUCCUGGUAACCUGGACCAAAGGCUUCAAAGCCACUGACUGUGAAGGGGAGGAUGUUGUCGGGCUUCUCAGAGAGGGGAUUAAAAGGAGAGAGGAGUUUGACUUGGACGUGGUGGCAGUAGUUAAUGACACAGUGGGGACCAUGAUGACAUGUGCAUAUGAAGAGCCUACCUGUGAGGUCGGCCUGAUCGCAGGAACUGGCAGCAACGCCUGUUACAUGGAGGAGAUGAGGAACAUUGAGGUGGUGGAGGGGGAUGUGGGGAGGAUGUGUGUCAACAUGGAGUGGGGUGCCUUCGGGGAUAAUGGGUGCCUGGAUGAUAUCAGGACAGAAUAUGACAGAGCUGUGGAUGACUUUUCACUCAACCUUGGAAAACAGAGGUAUGAGAAGAUGUGCAGCGGUAUGUAUCUCGGAGAGAUUGUGCGAAACAUCCUGAUCGACUUGACGAAGCGUGGCUUUCUCUUCAGAGGGCAGAUAUCAGAGACUCUGAAGACCAGAGGCAUUUUCGAAACUAAGUUCCUCUCCCAGAUUGAAAGUGACCGGUUGGCGCUACUGCAGGUGAGGUCCAUCCUGCAGCAGCUGGGUCUGGACAGCACAUGUGAUGACAGUAUCAUCGUCAAGGAGGUGUGUGGUACAGUGUCCCGCCGGGCGGCUCAGCUCUGUGGAGCCGGAAUGGCUGCCGUUGUCGACAAAAUCCGAGAGAACCGUGGGCUGAACCAAAUGGACAUCACCGUUGGGGUGGACGGAACACUCUACAAGCUACAUCCACACUUCUCAGGGAUCAUGCAUCAGACAGUGAAAGAGUUGGCCCCUAAGUGCAACGUCAACUUCCUUCUCUCUGAGGAUGGGAGUGGCAAGGGUGCAGCCCUCAUCACUGCUGUGGGCUGUCGCAUGCGUGAGCAGAAGAGCUGAGUGUGUUUGGCUUAACCCCCUCUCCACUCCUCUUCCUCCUCCUCUUCUUUCUCUCCUUAUAGUAGCAUACCACUAUAGCAAUAACACUUACAGUAUUUUCCACUUAACCACUCUGCUUCAGAAACCAACCAUUGUUCGUAUGUGGUGGGCAGAUCUCAAGGGCACCAAUGACAGAACAUUUACAUGCUUUAAACAAUUUCACUUCUUCACCUGCUAUUACCAGCCGUUUGGUCUUUGUGUUGAUCUGCUAUUCCGUAUGCAAGGAACUGGGCUCUUUGUUUGAUUUCAUCUUAUUUGUGAUGUUAUAACACUGCUUUGGGCAUUUGGGUAUAUGUAUAAUAGGAACUAUUUCUGCUUUGAAUGUUGUACCUGUAUACCUUGCUCAGGUAUAUAAGGUAUUUAUUAGAUUUUUGUAUUGGGUGGAUGUUUUGACAUAAUGAGUUGUAAGGGAGAAUCAUUGCAAGGUUAAGAAGUUAUCUUGUGAAAUCUGGUUUUUAUUUUUAACUUGGUAUUCUUCUUUAAGUGUUUCAAAGAUAUCAAAUGUCACCCUUUUUUGUAUUUGCUUGAUAGAAUUUCUAGGGUUGUUAUGAAUGAACCAUUGUUCCUUGACCUUUGAGUAUCUUUUCAUUGCUCAAGGGCAGGCUGCUCACAAGCUCAUUCAAAAGUAAAUACAGCCACGCUGUAGGAUGCUUCCUCAAUGCAUUGCUUUGGCAGUCUUUGUGAAACCUCAGGCUGAGUCAUGUUAAGGGCCAGAUUCAAUCAGAGCCUGCUGAAAAUCAGAUAUCUAAAGCAACUGUAUCAAUAUAACUGGCUUUUGUGAAUAAGAUAAUGACUUGAAUUCCAGCAGUGCACAAUGUACAAAAGAAGACAUUUAUAACAGAAUGAAUGGAGCAAGAUGUGUGUGAGCAUAUGUUUGUAUACUGCAGUUGAAUGUUCAACCUUACUGUAAGAAAAAAAAUUGCUAUAAGAUUAAAUAAUAAAUGCUUAUCUUAUUUAGUGUCAGAAAUCUAGAAUACAAUUAUUUUGUACAAUCAGAGAUGCACAAAACUGGUAAAAAGGAUGCAUUGGGAUUCAAUUACAUUUAUUUUGAUGUGCAACCAAAUAUAAAGUUGUUAGUCAUCAGAUAAAGACCUAUUGUAAAUAGCUUUUCAAUAAAGGUCCACUUCCAUUCUGAGGUUUUGUUCAUGAAAUGUUCCAGUGAUAGUACAGUACAUUAAUAAUAUAGUAUAAAUUAAACAGUUAAGCCCCGGGACAAAGAUGCUAUGUUAGCAACAAGAUUGUAUGUUAUUUUGUGAAAUCAUUUCACCUACAAUACUGUAUGUCUGCACAGUCAUGCAAAGCUACAUAUGUUUUUCAUUUCAGUUAUGGUAAUGUUAAAAUAACAUUCUGCACAUGAACACAAUGUUUUAUGAAGAAAUAACUUUAACAGGAACUUGCCCUCAUAAAGUAAUUUAUGAAAUAACUGGCAUUAUGCAAUUAUCUUGAGAUGGAAAGUCAUCCGACCUGAGUUGUCUACACUGUUAUCAACAUAGCCGUAAUGAAUUUCCAAAGUAGCCAGCACCAGCAUAUUACAAUAAUGCACAGUGUAACAUUUUACAAUACUUUAAAUGUAUCAAUUCCUCAGUGGAGUGACUUUUCUAUGCUACACUAUAUCAAUAUCAACUUUACAAAAUACAACAAUAUUACAAUAAGCAUGACCUACAUCAUGUGACACCAUAGGUAGAAAAAAAUGUAGUGAGAUAUAACUGACAAUUUAAUUUUUUGAGCACAUGACAAGUCACAACAUGAAAAAGAGUAGUCUAGGGCACAAAACAAAAAUUAAAUAUGCACUGUGAUAUUUAACAAAGGCAACAGUUACCACAUAUUACAUUAUCCUUUUAAAAUUCACAUGAUUUGUUUUUGACUGUUUUCGUGUUCUAAACAAUGUGUUGAAAGUCUUUUUUCUGAUUUCAGAGAACCAUUGAAUAAUGUAUACGGCUACUGUACUCCAAUACUAUUUUAAUUGGACCAUCUUGCACUGGCAAACACUUGUUAAAGAUUAUUUUCAACAUUUUACACCAUAGCUGCCAACAUGUGCACUAUGGGACACUACAGCUAUCCCAUAUACAGUACUAGUCAAAGGUUUGGACACACCUACUCAUUCUAGGGUUGAGAGAAUGCCAAGUGUUCAAAGCUGUCAUCAAGGCAAAGGGUGACUACUUUGAAGAAUCUCAAAUAUAAAAUAUAUAUUUUACCACUUUUUUGGUUACUACAUGAUUCCAUGUGUGUUAUUUCAUAGUUUUGAUGUCUUCACUAUUAUUCUACAAUGUAGAAAAUAGUAAAAAUAAAGGAAACCCCUUGAAUGAGUAGGUGUGUCAACUUUUGAAUGGUACUUGAACUCUUUCAACUCUUUUUAACUCUUUUAAUCCCCUUGCCACAAAACUAUUAAAAUGUUGCCUCUUACAAGUCAAGUUCCGUUGUGUGGAUUUUGGUAACAGUUCUAUUACUGUAGAAAAGAUUGCAAUAUAUUCUACUGGAGAACUAGGACUACAGUGGUAACAUAUUUCAGAGGUGAGCUGAAAAAUAAUCUGUGUAGUUUAAAUAUCACAUAGAAUUUGUGUACUAUUAAUAAAGUGUGUUCAUUUA